UUUGAAUUUGGCGCCUAAACCAUAUUCACUGCGUUCAAAAAACAACGUUGUGUUGCAUCUAGCAUCGUUUUAUAGUUUGUGAUCAUUUAAUUUUUUUAGUCGAGGUUGGUUUUGUUAGCGGUUCGCGCCAUUUUCGUAUUCGGCAAUAAUUACGAGAUAUUUCGUUGAUUUUCCAAUAAAAUGAAUAAUUGAAAGUGAAAUGAUUCGGUCACUGGCUCCUAGUCAACGAGGGAAACGUCCUUUACUCUUGGAUAUACCGGACGAUAUAGCAGCAUUAACUCUGUCUCGAUCUGAAAAUUGUCCACCAGAAUCAAAAAGAAGGACUUCCAAAAAAAAUGUCAAAAAUAUACAAAUAUCGGAACGCAAAGCUAUUCUUCUUUCUGAUGAUGGCAUCCACACAAUGCAAAAAAUAGUAUCCGAACAUGAAGAAAGAGUGAGAAAACUUCUUAGCAAACCAUUUAAAAUACCAGUACCUGGUUAUCAAUUAUCUGGACGAGUUCUUGGGUUACGUUUAGCAGGACCACGUAGACCAUUACACGAUCCUAAUGAUGCCAAUGCAUUAAUCGUUUAUUCACCGCCAGAAUUAUCCGAACAUGAAAGACUGAAAAUUGACCCAUGCAAACAACUUGUACAUGUAGUUGUGGAUCCUUUAUUGUGUAAUGUAUUAAGGCCGCAUCAACGUGAAGGCGUGAAAUUUAUGUAUGAAUGUGUAACGGGUAAACGCAUAGAAGAUGCAUAUGGUUGUAUUAUGGCAGAUGAAAUGGGUCUUGGCAAGACAUUGCAGUGCAUAACACUAUUAUGGACAUUAUUGAAGCAGGGACCAGAAGCUAAACCAUUAAUAGACAAAGCAAUUAUCGUCGCACCCAGCUCUUUGGUAAAGAAUUGGUAUAAUGAAAUUAAUAAAUGGUUGAAUAAUAUGGUGAACACCCUUGCUAUUGAUGGAGGCAAGAAAGCAGAUAUUGACACACAACUCCUCAGGUUUAUGAAAACUUACGGCGGUAGAUGUGUAACUCCUAUUCUCAUUAUAAGUUAUGAAACAUUUCGCUUACACUCACAUGUAUUACAUCAAGAUGAAGUAGGCCUUUUACUAUGCGAUGAAGGUCAUCGUUUAAAGAAUUCCGAAAAUCAAACAUAUCAAUCUCUGAUGGGUUUGAAGGCUAAGAGAAGAGUGUUGCUCAGUGGAACGCCUAUACAAAAUGAUCUUCUAGAAUACUUUUCUCUCGUACACUUUGUGAAUCAAGGAUUACUGGGAACUGCACAGGAAUUCCGGAGAAAGUUCGAAACGCCCAUAUUACGUGGUCAAGACGCAGAUGCAACAGACGAACAACGUAAACUCGCCCAGGAACGAUUGGCCGAUUUAGUAUCAAACGUUAAUAAAUGUCUUAUUAGACGUACGGCCGCUUUACUUUCGAAAUAUCUGCCACUGAAACACGAACUCGUGGUAUGCAUAAAAAUGGGAGAACUGCAAACGCGUCUCUACAAGAAUUUCAUACAAAGUGAUAGUAUAAAAAGGUCUAUGGAAGACAGUGACAAUCCAAAGAAUGGAGGCCGUUUAUCCGCUUUGGCUGCCAUAACUCUUUUAAAAAAACUGUGCAAUCAUCCUGACUUAAUAUAUGAUAAAAUAAUGGAAAAGGCUGAGGGAUUUGAGAAAGCUGCACAAUUGUUGCCGCCGCAUUACUCCACAAAGCAGCUGCUACCAGAAUUAUCCGGCAAAUUGAUGGUUCUGGAUUGUUUGUUGGCAUCCAUUAAAACCACAACAAAUGACAAAAUAGUACUAGUUUCUAACUAUACACAGACCCUCGAUUUAUUCGAGAAACUGUGCCAUAAACGUGGCUACAAUUACGUAAGACUCGAUGGUACGAUGAGUAUCAAGAAGAGAGCAAAAGUGGUCGAUAAUUUUAAUAGCGAGAGCAGUAACGAUUUCAUCUUCAUGCUCAGUUCGAAAGCCGGUGGCUGCGGCCUGAAUCUCAUUGGUGCGAAUCGUCUCGUCAUGUUCGAUCCGGAUUGGAAUCCCGCAAAUGACGACCAAGCGAUGGCCCGAGUUUGGAGAGAUGGCCAAAAGAAGCCGUGCUUCGUCUAUCGUUUUCUUUCUACGGGGACGAUAGAAGAAAAGAUAUUUCAAAGACAAGCUCAUAAAAAAGCAUUGAGUUCCACGGUGGUUGAUCAAGAGGAUGAUGUAGCGAGGCAUUUUACUAUAAACGAUCUUCGCGAUUUAUUCAAAAUAGAAGAAAAUACUGUUUCAGACACGCACGAUAAAUUCAAAUGCAGACGUUGCGUUAAUGGAAUCGAGGUGAAAGGUCCACCGGAGCAAUCCGAUUGCAAUUCCGAUUUAUCCGAAUGGCGACACUCGUAUAAUCCGCGGAAUUUACCGGAUAUACCGUUACGUCAAUGCUGGGCUAGCGGUAUUUCAUUCGUUUUUCAUCAUCGUUCACAUGAACAUGUAAAGUGAUUCUGAUUAAUAAUUAAUUGAUUAAUAUUUUGUUUCAAAGUUAUUUUGCAACAGUAUUUUGAUAAAUUUGCAAUAUUUUUUCACUAAAGCCAUUAACACGAAGGUGCCAAAUAUAAUAACUGCAGAAAAUUAUUUUAUGAAAUUUGUGUACCAAAUUUAUUUACAAUAAUUUUUUUCUAAAAGUAAAAAUAUAAGAGCUUGAACUUUCAAAUGCAUAUGGAAAUAAAAUAUUUUUAUUUAUAUAUAUAAUUAUUUAAUCAACUAUGCGAAAGACUGUUGCAAAAUAUUUUUGCUUCAAGAAGCAAUUACAAAUCUAAUGUGAUAAAUUAUAAAUGUGCCUCAACUUGUUUAGAAAUGAAGGUAAAUUAGAUACA